CUGCCAAUUGACUCAUCAAUGGCUUCUUCCUUCAAAGCAUUUUUGAACAGCCCUGUUGGACCCAAGACUACUCAUUUUUGGGGCCCUGUAGCUAACUGGGGAUUUGUCAUUGCUGGACUGGUGGACAUGAAGAAACCACCAGAAAUGAUAUCUGGCAACAUGACUGCAGCAAUGUGUGUAUAUUCUGGGUUAUUCAUGAGGUUUGCAUGGAUGGUUCAGCCUCGCAACUAUUUGCUGCUUGCUUGUCAUGCUUCGAACGAGACAGUGCAACUCUAUCAACUCUCGCGCUGGGCCAAGGGCCAAGGGUGA